UUCCACCGCCUGCCCCGCACGCGUAAGGACCAGAGUUCGAUCCCUGGUACCAAAAAAAAAAAAAAAUACCAAGUCACUUUAAAGACAAACUUGGAAUCAGCACCGUUAUUCACAGGCAACCAUCUCUGCCCGACUGCACCUCAGCCCUGGAUGGAGUACCAGAAGAGAGAAGCUAUCUUUUUGAACUCUAUUCCUCGGUGAAGCAAGGCUACAGCUGCCGGUCCGCCUGACCAUGGCCCUUUCUAUGGAGACCGAGUCGCACAUCUACCGAGCUCUGCGCACUGCCUGUGGGGCUGCAGCUCACCUUGUGGCCCUGGGCUUUACCAUCUUUGUGGCUGUACUUGCCAGGCCUGGCUCCAGCUGGUUCUCCUGGCACCCUGUGCUUAUGUGUCUGGCUUUCUCCUUCCUGAUGACCGAAGCACUACUGGUGUUCUCUCCCGAGAGCUCACUGCUGCGCUCCCUCUCGAGGAAAGGUCGAGCCUCUUGCCACUGGGUCCUGCAGCUGCUGGCCCUGCUCUGUGCACUGCUGGGCCUGGGCCUCGUUGUCCUGCACAAAGAGCAGCUUGGCAAAGCCCACUUGGCUACACGGCAUGGGCAGGCAGGGCUGCUAGCUGUACUGUGGGCAGGGCUGCAAUGUGCAGGUGGUGUUGGGCUGCUCUACCCCAAGCUGCUGCCCCGAUGGCCCCUGGCGAAGCUCAAAUUAUACCAUGCCACUUCUGGGCUGGUGGGCUACCUGCUGGGUAGUGCCAGCCUCUUGUUGGGUAUGUGCUCACUGUGGUUCACUGCCUCUGUCACUGGUGGGGCCUGGUACCUGGCUGUAUUAUGCCCAGUUCUUACCAGCUUGGUCAUCAUGAAUCAGGUGAGCAAUGCCUAUUUAUACCGAAAGAGGAUCCAGCCAUGAGCUCUUCCUGGCCAAGGGAAGCUAGAUUUGUCUCUCAGGAUAGAUGCUGGAGCUGGGAACCUCCUGGACUGUCUUCCCCGAUUGGGUCAGGGGACACUUCAGGCAUUGGGGCUGUCAUGAGUAGGAAACACACGUGUGACAUUUUUGCUCCUCAUGUUAGAGUGGCUCCCUUUUCCUUCUCCUCUCUGCAUCAUCCCAGAGGAGCAUAUGGAUCAUGUGUCUGGAUGAAAUUGGGGUUGCAAGACUGCCUCCCCAGCAAUGCAGUUCAUACUUGUGCUGGUAUAUCCAGAAAUUAUGGAGGGGAAAAAAAGAAAAUAAAAAUUAUAUGAAAACAUUGA